ACACUGCAGCAGCUGGUGUGAUGGUCCUCCGACGACCAGGCCCAUUCGACGUGUCACUUCGAUCUCGUUCGAACUGCUAAUGCAAUGAUAGCAAGCAUGGCAGGCAUACAGUUUUGGAUGCUAUUGCUCUUUCGCCACGCAUGGGCUCAACACGACUAUGCUCAGUACGUCAAUCCAUUCAUCGGAGGCGAAGGCCCUACGCCUGGCCUGGCAGCUGGUGGAGGGGAUAUAUUCGUCGGCGGAGCUAUGCCAUUUGGUAUGGCAAAAGUCGGGAUCGAUACGUACGAACUGAACCUGACGACCCAAACGAUCAAUGGCGGUUGGACUUCGCAAGGUUUAGUGACCGGAGUCAGCAUGAUGCACGAGAGUGGAACAGGCGGCGCUCCGAAGUACGGUAUCAUCUCACAGAUGCCGUUGACGACUCUGGAUGCACCGGUCAAUAUUCUCGACAACACCACCUACUGGCAGCAACGGACUGUUGUCAACGACACGGCAAGUGUGGGCUACUACUCCACGCAGCUGGAGAAUGGAGUCACACUUGAAUUGGCAGGCGCCCGGCAUAGUGGAAUCAUCUCUUACGACUUUCCAGCUGGCGAAAAAUACAUUCUUGUGGAUCUGUCGCACUUCUUGCCCGAUACGGGUGGCUCCAUUACUGCACAGUACUAUGCAGGAGGUUCAAUCACGAUACAGAACGGUGGCAAGCAGUAUGUGGGCUGGGGAUCGUACGGUGGUGGUUUCAGCAACAGUGCUCCAGCAACUACUUACUUUUGUGGCGAAUUCGAGCAGCCUCCGGAGGAGGCACACACGUUUCGUGGCCGGAAUACUGCACCUGUGCAGCGCCAACAUGUUCUGUCAGAUGAGCCAAUUCCACAUCCAACGUUUAGGGGUCGCGACACAGAGGAGAGCGGUCCUUUGAGUGACCGUGUAGGGGCAGUCUUUGUGUGGCCGAGGGGAGGUGCAUGCACCGUCAAGUCUCGCAUUGGAAUAUCUUUUAUAUCUACUGAAAAAGCAUGCUUCAACAUGAAUGAAGAAAUCGCUUCCUGGGACUUGAAUGUUACCGUCGCCGCAGCGGUGGAGGAGUGGAAUCGAGAUGUUUUCAGCAAGAUCCAAGUGCCGGUCGACGAUGCGCAGAAUCGGACUGAUCUGAUUCUACUCUACUCGCACAUGUACUUCACACAUCUGAUGCCGUCCGACCGUCGUGGAGAGAAUCCAUUGUCGGAUGCAGAAGAUGCCUGGGACGACUACUACUGCGCUUGGGACAUCUUCCGGUGCACCACGUCGUUGUACCAUAUUCUGCAACCGGAGUAUUACCAAAGCAUGAUUCGUGGGCUCAUCGAUAUCUGGAAGUAUGACGGGUAUAUGCCGGAUGGACGAAGUGGAAACUACAAUGGUCUGGUGCAAGGUGGUAGCGAUGCCGACAACAUCCUAGCUGAUGCCUACGUCAAGAAUCUGCCCAAUAUCAACUGGACCGAGGGCUACCAAGCCAUGGUGAAAGAUGCGGAAGUCGUGCCAUACAACGCGUUCUCGUAUGUCGACCAGAGCGCGGGUAUUCAACAGGGUCGUGGUGCCCUGAAGGAUUGGCUCGAGCUCGGAUACGUCUCGCUCGAUCGCAGUACGCGUUGCAUUUCGAGGACCGUCGAAUAUGCGCUCAACGACUUCAGCCUGUUCCAGGUCGCCAAAGGAGUGGCACCACAAGACGUAGAGAAGUAUCUCAACCGAAGCGCGAACUGGCAGUCGAUCUGGGCCCACGACCACACACACAAGAGCUUCACCGGCUUUCUCGCGCCUCGACUGAGCAAUGGCGAAUUCAAUCUCACCGACUACAAUCCCGCACAAUGUGGUAGAUGCAAUUGGAACGCAAUCACCUACGAAGCCACCCCCUUCGAAUACGCCUUCACCAUCCCACACGACAUGCAAACGCUCAUCGAAUUCAUGGGCGGUGCAACCGAAUUCGAGCGUCGACUCGACUACAUCUUCCUCCCCAACACAUCGGAGCAGAACCUCGGAGACAACGGCGCCGGCAUCAACACGCUCAUGAACAUUGGCAACGAACCCGACUUUGCCACGCCUUACGAGUACAACUACAUCAACAAACAAGCCAAAAGCGUGCAAAAAUCACGCAUGCUGAGCAACCAAUUCUUCAAAAACGCCCUCUACGGCGUCCCCGGAAACUCGGACGCCGGCGCGCUGAAUUCCUGGAUGAUUUGGCAAAUGAUGGGCAUGUACCCCGUCGUCACCCAACCCAUUUAUCUCCUCUCCAGCCCGUGGUUCCACGAUAUGAAUGUCACGGUGAAUGGGAAUGCGACGUUGCGCAUCACGGCGAAUGGCUUGGAUAAUCAGAAAAGCUAUUAUGUGCGCAGUGUGGAAAUUAAUGGGAAGUUGUGGGACAGGAAUUGGUUCGAGCAUGAUGAGGUGAUGGUCACGGGCGGGAGGAUUCAUUUCGAAAUGGGUGGUGAAAUGGUGUUUUGGGAGACGGGGGAUGUUCCGCCUAGUCCGGGACAUUAUAUGAAGCCGCGGCCGUGAGGCUAUAGGUAGUUGUGGUAGGGAUGAUGAUGAUGUGGUAUAGGAU